AUGCCGACUCUCCCCGGCUGUCUAAUCCCAUCUAACCGCAAAACACCACAGACGCUCUACGAGUUCCCAGACUUCUCCUACAAAGAAAGCAAAGACUUCAAAGACAUAGCUGUGAACAACCCGCCAAGCGCAGAACUGAUCGAAAAUGUAUACAAAAACGUCCGCUUCGACAUACGCUUCUACGAAGAAGUGCAAGUAGUCAGUGGAAACCAAGCCAUCCCUACUGAAAGUUCAACUCAACCCAAAUUUGUCAUCUCCGCUGCCCUCGAACCCCCCAAAGAUACGGCUUCAGAUGCAGACUUCGAUGCCUGGUACCGCGAAGAACACAUUCCUCUCCUCGCACGCGCACCAGGCUUUGUGCGCUCGCGUCGCUUUAAACUCACCAAUGCAACCGUUAUCGACGAGUUCCAGGUUGGUGAUGUUACGGAGGAGGCGCCACGCUUUUUAGCGCUGCAUGAGUUUAGUGGUGAGGCGUUGCCGUGGAAGGAACUGGGAGAGAGUGCGCAAACGGAGUGGGCGAAGAGGGUUAUGGGCGGGUUAACGAAGGAGGAGGUGGGUUGGUAUGAGGUUAGUAGGGUGUAUAGUGAGAGUGAAUGGGGACAUGUUGGGAAAUAG